CGUCGCAUCCUCAAUCGACCAUUCCUGUGCGCCGCUGCUUAGUCGUCGCAAAUUUGGCGGGAGAUUUGCCGGUUCGAAUACGUCGAUCACAGACUCUCCUCCAGUUGAUCUCUUGAAUGGUCCACACGAAUUGUUGCGCGAAGGGAAUAUUCGGGGAGGGGUCUGCAGGUGAGGUUCUGCUUGGCCGGGGCCAAUGCUUGUGCUGCGUCGUUGGAGUGGGGCGGCGGCUUUGGUCGUGAUUCCAGGCGAAAGUCCUGGUGAUCACACUACGAGAUUUCGAAUUGAUUGUGCUACUGCUCUACAAAAUGACGGAAACCAGAGAAUUCGGGACUUGAAGAUAAACGGAAAUGUAAGACGACAAUCGAUACCACAGAAAGACUUGGCAACAAUACCGACAACAUCCCCUGGCGUGAACGUUGGAGUUGCGCGCGCGCAAAAAGAUGAGAUGAUCGACAUGAGCUGCAAUCUGAUCGGGAGUGGAGGGAGAGCAGCAACAACGGGCGCAAGUGAUAGCGGCGGCGAUGCUGGAAUCCGUUCCGUCCACGGGUUAUUAUGUACUGGAGCAGCCCUGAAGGGUUCAGUAUGGUGGGCGCACAGCGGAUGCCGGCUAAAUUCGCCCAGCUGAACCAUCAUCAUGGACUGUCCUUCCCGUCAUACAGUCCUGUUGUACUGUAUAUUCA